AUGUAUGUAAUUCAUCCAAAUUAUACGGAAUUCAUGAAAACAAUACCCGGUUUACAACACGCAUACGAUAUUGCAUUAUUGAAACUGACGUCAAAUAUAUCGAUGUCUACAACAACAACAACAGAGUUAACGGUUGGAAGAUAUCCGACAGUUAAUCCAAUUUGUUUGCCCGACAGAGACAGUGUUAACACCGAUAAAGAGUUGGCAUUGUUUGCCGGUUUCGGUAGGAUUGACGUUAAUGUCCUAAAUAUGGGUCCAUUGCGUACGGGUUGGAUACGUAUGAAUGAACCGUCUGAUAGCGUAUAUGAUCUUUGGUCUCAUUUAAUUAGAAACGAAAGAUAUCCUAUAAAUCACGGAAGUGGUGUAUGUAAUGGUGACUCGGGUGGACCAUUGAUUCAGUAUGGUUUUGAUGAUAGCCCUCAAAGGGGUGUUAGUGGUCGUCGUCAACGGGCAGUACUAAUAGGUGUGGCUUUAGGCUAUUGGCCCAAUACCCCUGGUUGUCCGUCUAAAGAUACCGGCGCUGGCAAUACAUUUGUACGCAUAUCUAAACACAUCGAUUGGAUUAUCAAUACUGUGACCGCAAACAACACAACCAAAUAA